AUGUCAGUGUCUGGCAAGAAAGAGUUUGAUGUGAAACAGAUCCUAAGGCUACGCUGGAGGUGGUUUAGUCAUCCUUCUCAAGGUUCGCCCAACACUGGAAACUGCCUUCAGCAGGAAGGAUAUGAGCAUAGAGGGACCCCGGUUCAGGGCAGGUUGAAGAACCACUCUCGGGACAGAAAUGGACUGAAGAAAAGCAAUAGUCCUGUCCACCACAACAUACUGACACCAUUGCCAGGAUCGGCCCCUGCCCAUCAAAGAGUCCUUCAGAAUUGGCACUCACAAAACCUGAUAGAACAUCUUCGAGCAAAUGAAGAUACUCCUAAAGCAGUUCCAGAGGAGAAUUUGUUCAAAGAAGCUUGUGAGAAACAAUCACAAGAUUUGGAGAUGAUGGCUGAUGACAAUACAGAAGAUUCUACAGCAAGAUUAGAUAUGCAGCAUCCUGAAGAAAUGAAUGUUAGCAGAUCUGAGGAGCACUUCCAUGCUGUAAACCAUGCGGAACAAACACUUCAUAAAAUGGAGAACUACCUGAAAGAGAAACAAUUGUGUGAUGUGCUACUCAUUGCCGGACACCUCCGAAUCCCAGCCCAUCGGUUGGUUCUCAGUGCAGUGUCUGAUUAUUUUGCUGCAAUGUUUACUAAUGAUGUGCUUGAAGCCAAACAAGAAGAGGUCAGGAUGGAAGGAGUCGAUCCUAAUGCACUUAAUUCCCUGGUGCAGUAUGCUUACACAGGUGUCCUGCAAUUGAAAGAAGACACUAUUGAAAAUUUGCUGGCUGCAGCUUGUCUCCUGCAGCUGACUCAAGUCAUUGAAGUCUGCUCCAAUUUUCUUAUAAAACAGCUCCACCCUUCAAACUGCUUAGGGAUUCGAUCAUUUGGAGAUGCCCAGGGCUGUACAGAGCUCCUGAGUGUGGCACAUAAAUACACAAUGGAACACUUCAUCGAGGUAAUAAAGAACCAAGAAUUCCUCCUGCUUCCAGCUAAUGAGAUUUCAAAACUUUUAUGCAGUGAUGACAUUAAUGUUCCUGAUGAAGAAACUAUUUUCCAUGCUCUAAUGCAGUGGGUAAGGCAUGAUGUGCAGGCUAGGCAACAAGACCUAGCAAUGCUGCUUUCUUACAUCAGACUGCCAUUACUUCCACCACAGUUACUGGCAGAUCUUGAAAACAGUUCCAUGUUUACUGGUGAUCUUGAGUGUCAGAAGCUCCUGAUGGAAGCUAUGAAGUAUCAUCUCUUACCUGAGAGAAGACCCAUGAUGCAAAGCCCUCGGACGAAGCCUAGAAAAUCAACUGUGGGAGCACUUUAUGCUGUGGGAGGCAUGGAUGCUAUGAAAGGUACCACUACAAUCGAAAAAUAUGACCUCAGGACCAACAGCUGGCUACAUAUUGGCACCAUGAGUGGCCGUAGGCUUCAGUUUGGAGUUGCUGUUAUUGAUAAUAAGCUCUACGUCGUGGGAGGAAGAGAUGGUUUAAAAACUUUGAAUACUGUGGAAUGCUUUAAUCCAGUUGGCAAAAUCUGGACGGUGAUGCCUCCCAUGUCAACACACAGGCAUGGCUUAGGCGUAGCCACACUUGAAGGACCAAUGUACGCUGUUGGUGGCCAUGAUGGAUGGAGUUAUCUAAACACUGUAGAAAGAUGGGACCCUGAGGGACGUCAGUGGAAUUAUGUGGCCAGUAUGUCAACACCUAGAAGCACCGUUGGUGUUGUCGCAUUAAACAACAAGCUAUAUGCUAUUGGUGGACGUGAUGGAAGUUCCUGCCUCAAAUCUAUGGAAUACUUUGACCCACAUACUAACAAAUGGAGUCUGUGUGCUCCAAUGUCCAAAAGACGUGGAGGUGUGGGAGUUGCAACAUACAAUGGAUUCGUAUAUGUUGUUGGGGGUCAUGAUGCCCCUGCUUCUAACCAUUGCUCCAGACUUUCUGACUGUGUGGAACGGUAUGAUCCAAAAAAUGAUUCAUGGUCAACUGUGGCACCUCUGAGGGUUCCUCGAGAUGCUGUUGCUGUAUGUCCCCUUGGAGACAAACUCUAUGUAGUUGGAGGAUAUGAUGGACAUACUUAUUUGAACACUGUUGAGUCCUAUGAUACACAGAAAGAUGAAUGGAAAGAGGAAGUUCCUGUUAACAUUGGAAGAGCUGGUGCAUGUGUUGUGGUGGUGAAGCUACCAUAA